CCAGUUCAGCGUCGAUCGCCCAGCGGAACGGACGCAAAUCGCCAUAGAAGUCUACUAUUUCGAUAUAUUCAAGCAGCUAGAACGAUAAUAUGGGAUUGAGAAAUUCCAAGGAAAAGCAGAGCAAUGAAGUGAAAACUUCGAAGCAAGCACCAAAGGCGCAGGUGAACCCUGAACCCCCAGCUCCACCCAACAAACCGGAACCCGAGGUGGAUCACAGUGAUUUGGUGCCCAAGUGGCUGAAUCAAACGCAAUUUGAGGAAUUACUCGCCGCCGAUGUGGAUCAGUUCUCCAAGAUAGUGGGCUUCCGGGUGAAGCCAGCGAUGGCACCGGGAGAAAACUAUGCCACUCUAAUGCUCAGGAUCAGCAUAGAUGUGGAGCUCACUGACAAGAGCACUAAGCUGGUCUCCUUCAUGAUGAAAGUGCCACACGAUACUCCGCAAAUGGAACAAAUGAUGAGCAUGGCCAACUUCUUUACCAGCGAGAACGCAGCCUACACUGAGAUUCUACCGAAAAUGGAGGAGCUCUAUAAGGCCAAGGGUCUGGACAUCAAAUUCGCUCCGCGAGCAUUCAAACUGGACGCCACCAAGGAGCCCAAGGUGGCUAAUACGGUGCUGAUGCACGAUCUCGGUCAGAAUGGUUUCAAAAACAUAAACCGACUGGAGUGCCUGAACCUGGAGCAAACCAAGUUCGCAUUGACCAGACUAGCACAGUUCCAUGCAGCGGGAGCGACAAUGGUCCAGGUGCAUGGACCCUAUCCCGACAUAUUCGUAAACGGCGUGAUGGGAAACAACAAGGAAGCUAUUAUUGCAUUCAUGGAGGGCAUGUUGGCAUCCUUUAGAACGUCGUUUAUGGCCAAUCUGGAUAAGUUCAAGAACGGAGAAGAAUAUCGGGAGAAGCUUGAAAAAGCUCUAGCUGGCCUAACUAUGGAGUUCAUGAAACUUGGUAUCGUCGAUCCCAACGAGUUUAAUGCGCUAAACCAUGGCGAUUGCUGGAUGAAUAAUCUUCUGUUCAAGAUGAACUCCAGCGGGGACUUGGAGGAUAUGGUCUUUGUCGAUUUCCAGAAUCCCAAAUACGGCUCUCCUGCCAUGGAUCUGCUCUACUUCAUCAUUUCCUCGGUUCAAAUUGAUUACAAGCUGAGCCAUUUUGACUUUUUCAUCAGGCAUUACCAAGAAGCACUGGUUAAGCACUUGGGCAUUUUGGGAUUCACUGGCCGAAAGCCAUCGCUGAGGGAAUUGCACCGAACGCUCAUCAAAUACGGCGGAUGGGUGCUAUUCCCAACCAUCUCCGUGCUGCCAUUGGUUCUCUUGGACCCCACUCAGUCGGCCACAUUCGAUAAUUUUAUGUCGGACUCUGCUGAUGGGGUUAGUUUCAGGGGUAGUUUGUAUGCCAACAAACGUUGUCAAGAAUACAUCGAACGCAUUCUGCCUUGGUUGGAUAAUAGAGGCUUCUUGGAGGUCAGCACUGACCCAUUGCCACCCGAACUGCUGGCAGCUUUGAAGCCACAGCAGCCACAGCCGGAGAAUACGGAUCAGAUCCCGGACUGGCUAAAUAUUGACGAUUUCAAGGAAAUCAUUUUAUCCGCGGAACCAAAUUUCGAAAAGAUCUUAAGCAGUACUUCAAAGUUGGCGACGAAACCUGGCGACAACUUUGCUUCCAAGCUGCUGAAGGUCGAAAUCGAGGCGCAGUUAAAAGACAAUAGCGUGAAGACCUUCUCGUACAUCCUGAAAGUCCACAGCGACAAUGACGCAAUCAACUUCUCCGACUUUAACCUGUUUCCAAAAGAGAUAGAGGUUUACAGCACAUAUGUGCCCGCCUUCGAGCGUUUCUAUAAGGAUGUUGGCCUACCAGUCACUUUUAGUCCGAAGUCCUUCCGGCUCAGCAAGGACGUCAGCAAGGAGUACCUGCUUUUGGAGAACCUGCAGCCGAGUGGCUUCAAGAUGGUCGAUCGCAUGAUUGGAAUGGACUUGGAGCAUUCCAAGUGCACGUUAAAGAAAUUGGCCCAGUGGCAUGCAGCCUCUCUGAAGUACAAGGAACUAAAUGGACCCUAUUCGCCCAAAUACAAUAAUGGCAUUUUUACAGAGCAAACGGCACCUAUAUUUAAGGGUAUGUUUGUUAACACUAAGAAAUCCUUUAUAGAAGAAGUGAGCAAGUUUGACGGUGUGGAUGAGUACUUGCACAAAAUGCCAGAGAUCUUGGAUACGUAUGUCGACAGAAUACUUGAAGAUGCCAAAAUAAAUGAACAAGCGUUUAAUGUGCUCAAUCAUGGUGAUGCCUGGAUAAAUAACAUCAUGUUCCAAUACGAAUCAGAUGGUCGCGUCAAGGAAACCCUCCUGUUGGAUCACCAAGUCACGAAGUAUGGAAAUCCUGCCCAGGAUCUGUAUUACUUCAUAAUGAGCUCCACUCAACUGGACAUCAAAGUCGAUCAGUUUGACUACCUUAUCCGAUGGUAUCAUCAAAACAUGAAGGAGCACGCCAAGCUGUUGAACUACAACGGAUUUAUUCCCUCGCUAAAGGAACUGCACGCCAUUCUGAUACAGCACCCCAUUUUUGCUGCUGGAACUGUGCUCACUACCUUGUCGAUGUGUCUUAACAAGACAACCGAUGACUUUACCACUGAUAGCUUUUUGGGAAAUGAAGAGAAUGGCAAAUCCCUGAGGGAGGCAAUGUUUAGCAACGAACGUUAUAGGGCCAAUAUAGAGCGUGUCAUGCCAUGGAUAAAUAGACGAGGACUGCUUGAUAAUUUUGCCAACGGACAUUCCCAAUAAAUACUUUACUUCAGAC